AUGACUGCCAAGCCAAACACCAAGCUCGAUGCGAUGCCCGCAGAGAUCCUCGGAAGGAUCGCACACUACCUCCCGAAGAGUGACGUGAAGGCUCUACGUCUCUCCAACAGAGCAAUCCAGGAGGGUACAUUCAACGCCUUCACCGAUGAAAACUUCAAGGAGUUCGACCGACCAAUCACAAUCCAGGACCUUCGCAACUCAUCCGAGAUCUUCGACUGUAGAAGCAUAGCUAACAGCGUCAGAAUCCUGAACCUCGAGUUCCGUACUCCGAGAGAGGUUGACACACAAGAACUCUGUCGCCUCUCCACAGAGGUCCUCGCCAAGCUCCCCAACAUCUGUGGCAUCAAGCUCUCCGGAGGCCAAUCAAAAGCUUACCACGACAAACCCAGUGUCGAGGACCAGAUGGAAAACUUCUUGCACGCCCUCUCACAGCAGAACUACACCCUCACCUCGAUCAAAAUCCAAACCACAACCCUGAAUUCCUCAUCCAUCGCCAACCUCCUCAAACAACACCACAGCAGCCUCCAAUCCCUCGACAUCACCAUGGUCAUGACCUGCAACAUCCCAUGGCGCGACCUCCUCCCAGCCCUUCGCGACGCACCACGUCUCACGGACGUGCACUUCAACCGCCUCCUCGACGCCCCGCGCUAUAAUCUGUACGUUUUCUGGAGCCAGCGUCGGGUUGUGCGUGCUGUUCGGAACCCUGAUCGCAAGAUCCAGGUCUUUAGUCGUGAGGAUCCGAAGAAGUGUACGACCGUUGCCGCGGUUGAGUAUUACAUUACUGAGCGGGUGGAUGCAAGGCUUGAGGGGAAGAAGGCUAUUGCGCCGGGGAUUGAGGCGCUGUGUGAGUAUCGGCUUGUGGAUAUUGAUGGGUAG